GUCCACCGUUCCUGGGAAGUUCAAAGCCUUCCCGUUCCCUCUGAGAUUUUCCUUGUGUUUUUUAGGAAAAUAAAUUUGCUAGGUGAGGGCAACUUUACAUGCAAGUUUCGGCAGAAGGAAGAGACUUGAGCUGUGGUAAUCAAAUCCACAUUCUCACCUGAUGUAUUUCUAUCUCUUCUACAUUCUCGAUCCAUCUGUCCGGCUAACUGAUUCUUGUAAAGAAUAUUAAUAGAACGAGAGAAAUGCGUCAUAGCAACCCUAGUUGCUCAGAUAUUAGCAACACUGUUGCAUCAAUCGAGGGUGAACCCCAGAGUUUAGGGAGCGGCGGGCUGAGAUCUCCAUCGCCGACCAAGUCAUUGCCUUUUUCACGCUCAGCUUCUUACUCACUUCCCUCUUUAUUCAACGGCUACCCUGCCACCUCGUCUGCGCUGAAAAGGAUGCCGCAAAAGAGAAAGAGGGCAUGGUACCCGCCUUUGACGAAGCUAUGGUUGGGUUUGCUGAUUGCUACCGUUGUUUUUGUGAACUGGUGGAUGCUCUCUCGGAUCAAGGAAUCAGGUCUGACCCGUGGAAUCAAAUUCAAGCCCAUUAAAGCUAAUUCAUCUGCUUUGCCCAUUCCGGAGGAACUCUUAAAUCUUGGUAAAGGAAAAAUGCCACAGAAAACUAUCUAUGCACGCCUACUGGCCCAGGCUGCCCAUGCUUUAGAUGAGCUAAAUAAUAAAACUGAGCUCAAAGACCUAUGGGCAGAACCCUAUGCUAUCGCAUCAACAUGGAAACCUUGUGCUGAGCAGCGUGACUGGAAACCUAGUGGUGGAAAUGUUGGCUACAUUUUGGUGACUGCAAAUGGUGGUAUAAACCAGCAACGAGUAGCUAUAUGCAAUGCUGUUGCUGUUGCAAGAUUACUGAAUUCAACUCUUGUUCUUCCAAAGUUCUUGUAUAGCAGUGUUUGGAGGGAUGUCAGUCAGUUUGGCGAUAUCUAUCAGGAGGAGCAUUUUAUCAAGUACUUGAAGCCCGACGUUCGAAUAGUAAGGGAACUCCCAAAGGAGUUUCAAUCAUUGGAUCUGGAAGCAAUUGGCAGUCUGGUGACAGAUGCAAAUAUUUCCAAAGAGGCCAAACCAAGUUUUUAUUUGAAGUAUAUACUACCAAUCCUAAACCAUAACAGAGUAGUCCAUUUCGUAGGAUUUGGGAAUCGCCUAGCAUCUGACCCAUUACCAUCUCAGCUACAGAGACUCCGGUGCAGAUGUAAUUUUCAUGCUCUGAAAUUUGUUCCCAAAAUACAAGAAAUUGGUGCUUUGCUUAUCCAGAGGAUGAGACAAAAUGUAACACGCUUGGGGCGGUUAGAUCCUCAUCUGGUUGGUCCAUACGCAUUAAGGAGUCAAAGUAUCCGUGCAAUAAAACCUACUACGAGAUAUUUGGCAUUACACUUGAGGUUUGAAAUUGACAUGGUAGCCCAUUCUUUGUGUGAGUUCGGUGGAGGUGAAGAAGAAAGAAGAGAGUUGGAAGCAUAUCGUCAAAUCCAUUUCCCUGCAUUCGUGGAGCUAACAAAGACCAAGAAGUUGCCUUCUCCUGCAGUUCUGAGGUCUGAAGGUCUGUGUCCAUUAAUGCCUGAAGAAACCGCACUUGUGCUUGCUUCCCUAGGUUACAAUCGCCAAACACGCAUAUACCUGGCUGGUGCACACAUCUAUGGAGGGAAAUCAAGGCUAGCUGCCUUAACCACCUUGUAUCCAUAUUUGGCAACUAAAGAAAGCUUGCUUUCUCAAUCUGAAAUCCAACCAUUUGCAAAUUUCUCUUCUCAGCUAGCAGCAUUGGACUUCAUUGUCUGCACUGCUUCAGAUGUGUUUGCUAUGACAGACUCGGGAAGUCAAUUCUCCUCAUUGGUAUCAGGUUACCGAGUAUAUUAUGGAGGAGGGAAGAUGGCCACCAUACGUCCAAACAAACGCAGAUUCGCUGACAUAUUCGUCAAGAACAACACCAUUGGGUGGAAGGUGUUUGAGAAGAGGGUGAGAAAGGCAGUGAGGCAAACAAAACGUGUGUUGUUGCGCCCAGUUGGUAGGAGUGUAUAUAGAUAUCCUAGAUGCCGCGCAUGCAUGUGCAAUACAGAUAAUUGAUGGAUGAAUAUAUACAAUUUCCGAAUGGUAUAUAUUUCUAUGUACAUGGGGUCCGUCAUGUGGAUGUAAGUUGAGUUUUCCUCAUUAAAUUUGCUUGCCAUCCUCUGUUUAAAGGGUGGUAUAUGUUCAGCUGAUUGACCUGAUUCCCUAGUACGUCCACCUACUAAGAGUUCAAAAGUAUAGUGUUUCUAUGGAA